AUGGGCGCGCAGGCCCGGGCGCUGCUGCUGCCGCUGCUGGCCCAGUGGCUCCUGCGCGCAGCCCCGGCGCCGGCCCCCGCACCCCUCACGCUGCCCCUCCGCGUGGCCGCGCCCACCCCCGGGUCCGGGACCCCCGCCGCGCCCCGCGCUGCGCCCCAAGCCGACGGCCUGGCGCUCGCCCUGGAGCCCGCUGGCGGCGCAGCUAACUUCUUGGCCAUGGUGGACAACCUGCAGGGGGACUCCGGCCGUGGCUACUACCUGGAGAUGCUGAUCGGAACCCCCCCGCAGAAGCUGCAGAUUCUCGUUGAUACUGGAAGCAGCAACUUCGCCGUGGCAGGUGCCCCGCACUCUUACAUAGACUCGUACUUUGAUGCGGAGAGGUCGAGCACUUACCGCUCCAAGGGCUUCGAUGUCACGGUGAAGUACACGCAGGGAAGCUGGACGGGCUUCGUGGGGGAGGACGUCGUCACCAUCCCGAAAGGCUUCAACAGCUCAUUCCUCGUGAACAUCGCCACUAUCUUUGAGUCCGAGAAUUUCUUUCUGCCUGGGAUCAAGUGGAACGGGAUCCUGGGACUCGCCUAUGCUGCUCUGGCCAAGCCGUCAAGUUCCCUGGAGACGUUCUUCGACUCCCUGGUGGCCCAAGCAAGGAUCCCCAACGUCUUCUCCAUGCAGAUGUGUGGGGCGGGGCUGCCCGUGGCUGGAUCUGGUACCAACGGAGGUAGUCUUGUCCUGGGUGGAAUUGAGCCAAGCUUGUACAAAGGAGACAUCUGGUAUACCCCUAUUAAGGAGGAGUGGUACUACCAGAUAGAAAUUCUCAAGCUGGAAAUCGGAGGCCAGAGCCUGAAUCUGGAUUGCAGAGAGUAUAACGCAGACAAGGCCAUCGUGGACAGCGGCACCACACUCCUGCGCCUGCCCCAGAAGGUGUUCAACGCGGUGGUUGAGGCUGUGGCCCGCACGUCUCUGCUCUACAUCCAGCCCAUGAUGGGGGCCGGCCUGAAUUACGAAUGCUACCGAUUCGGCAUUUCACCUUCCACAAAUGCGCUGGUGAUUGGUGCGACUGUGAUGGAGGGCUUCUACGUGAUCUUCGACAGAGCUCGGAAGAGGGUGGGCUUUGCAGCCAGCCCCUGUGCAGAAAUUGCAGGUUCUCCGGUGUCUGAAAUCUCUGGGCCUUUCUCGACAGACGACAUAGCCAGCAACUGCGUUCCCGCCCUGCCUCUGAAUGAGCCCAUCCUGUGGAUUGUGUCCUACGCGCUCAUGAGCGUGUGUGGAAUCAUCCUUCUCACCCUCAUCGUCCUGCUGCUCCUUCCCUUUCGGUGUCGGCACCUGCCCCGCGACCCUGAGGUGGUCAAUGACGAGUCCUCGCUCGUCCGGCAUCGCUGGAAAUGAAGAGCGAGCGGAACCCGAGCUCGAGCGACCUUGAACUCUCGGCGAAGAGAAUUCCGUUACCCGCGGAGCAGGCGAGGUCAUGAGGCAGAGGGUGUCUUCCUGGUCCACUAGUCUCAAAUCUGUUCUGCUCCCAGACGCCUUCCAGAUUCACUGUAUUCUGAUUCUUGAUCUUAAAGCUUCUUUCUUCUCCCUCACUUCCAAGAAAAAUUAUAAUAAAAACCACCUCAUUCUAAACCAAAACAGAGUGAAUUGGGCUUCAGGCUUUAUGGGACUGGUUAUGCCAGACUGUCUAAGUGUGCCACCAAAAAAAAAAAAAAAGAGGGGGCAAGCUUUUGGCUAGUUUUCCUCUUCCUCCGCCUCUGGAGCUGUGAGUUCUCAUGGUUCGUAACUGCUCUUAGCUGAUGGGAAGCUUUUCAUAUUAAUCACAUUUAAGGGUAUUUUGCACCUGGGUCCAAGAGUACAAGAGGUUUGCGAUAUGGUGGCAAGAGAACCAGCCCAGGGCCUGACGGUCUCACCAUCCUGCCUGCUUCUGACCCGGAAACAGAGCCCUUGUCUGAGCCUCUCUGUGCUCUGAGUGAGAGCCAGAACCUUCUCGGAGGGGAACAUCACUCAGCGGUCUUCACCAGCCUCUUCUGAAGAGGAAAGACUUUGUCCAUCGUGGUAGAGUGGGAAGGAAACCUACGCUUUUGUACUCAGUGCUUCUGUAGUCUUGUUGGUAUAAAGAUAAAAAGCUACCUCUGUGGAGACUUUGCCCAGGGCUCUGUGCCCAGCUGGGGCUAUGGGCAGCCUGGUUCCAGCCGUUGCCCUUGCUGAAAAGAAUCCUCCUUCCAACAGGCGAGGGUAACAGGUGCUGUCCUGUGGCCAAGUGGGCCGUUAUUUCACACGCUUACUCUUCCUUAAAAUUAACAAAAGGUGUUCUGGUGAGAAAAGCAGAUCCCACAUCACUAGCCUAGUUGUUUGUGUUUCUAAAUCUCUGGCCGAAGGGAAAGCAGGAAAUGGCUCAGUGCCCAUCCUUCUGACCAACUCUCGGGGGAAGGAAGACACCAAAUGAGCAGAGGACUUGAAGGAACUUCUCCCAUGCUUUCAGGCCCUGUGUUUGCCUUUGCAGAAACCCCUAGACUCCAGCACAGACGCCUGAGCACAUCUGUGGAGCCAUUGACCCACACGCUUCCUCCCUGUGGUGUGUUCAGUCUUCGGUGAUGAGGUGGGUAUGCGGUACUCUCCUUCUGUGAGGUACCUCCCUCUUACUACCAUUUAUUUGAUCAAUUAAUUUCAUCGCCCAAAAAAAAGCAGAAGCCUUAUUAACUCGAUGCAGUCCGCCUUCCCUGAUCAGAUAUAAUUAGAAGACGGGUUCAAAGGCAAUAUCCCAUCUCUCAUUUGUAUGCCAAGUUCAAUGUUCGCUUUGUGUUGCUAUUGGGAUGGGCUGGAUCUAUGACAGAACCCUACUGAAAGGGCUAACUGGAGUGUCUCCUCUGGCUGGAUCAUCAUUUAUGUCCAAGACAGCCUGCACGUUGGUAUUUCAGCCAUCAGCUCUGCUCACUGGACCAGGGCACGUCCAUACUGGGGACUAUGUGGCUGGAGAACUGUGGGGUCACUCACACGUGUUGUGGGGUCCUGGUGGACGCUCCAGCAGCAGCAGGUUUGAAUUGUAUCUUAGAACCUGAGCCUUCCGGGCCCUCUUCAAGAAACCAUCUGAGUGCAGCACGUAUGAGUCCCUCUGGACGUGGGGUCACAGGCAGGGGUGCCCUUACCAGGUACUCCUUAUCGUGUCUGGUCUCGGCUAGGUGAAUGGUAGUAACUCCAAAGUACAGUUCAGUGUUAGACAUCACUGGAAGUCUAAUUCUCUCGUCCCAUGGGCUUUUUCAUUGGUUCCCAUUUUAUGGUCCACUUUGCACAGAAGGGAAGGCCAUCCUUCAUGGAGCAGACCUUCCCUGUGCUCUGAAAAUCCGGACCCGUGAAAGAAAAGGAGGGAGUUCCAGAGAUCACCCCGUUCCUUUGGCUACUUAUUCCCUCACACAAGCGUCUUCUCCAGUUUCCUGCGUUCGGUUUCUGAGCUGGGAACCUUUCUGUUGGCGUAGAUCAGCAGGUGCUGUUCCCAGUGUACAGGUUAAGGGCACGGCCGAUUUCAAGCUCCAGUCUUUGAAAGAAGUAUGCUCUAAUGCUCUGCAUUUCCUCUCCGAGUUCUCCACCUUUUCAUCUCAGAUGUCACUGGAUGUGACAUUCUAAUGGAAAAGCUUAAAUUACAAAAGCAUAACUUAGCAACAAGAAUGAAACGGACAAUUGAAUGGGGGACAUUUUCCUGGCAUGCCUUGCUGUCGAAAAUUGGACUUGGAGUCAAAACCCCGGUUGGUGACACCCACCUCCUUGAGUUCUGUAAAUUGAUACUGAGCUUGGAGAACCUUCAAGGAGGCUUGCUUUGAGCAGGAAAGGAAGUAACAACCGUCUGAGGGGGUCAUUUUCACCUUGCAGCCUUGGAAAAGGCUGGACGAUGGUCCUUUCCUGAAAGGUGCUCUCAGCAUUUUGCUGUUGUCAGUUGCUGUCAACUCUCCCGUAAGAAAUAGAUGCUUCUUCCUGAAAAAUGUUUUUUUACUAGGGUGAUACUUUGUAUCCUUGAUAAGUUAUUUGGUAGCCCCAAACGAAAUCCUGUCUUUAGCAGCUGGAACUAUGGAAACUAGCAAGAAACAAGAUGACGACUGCGUCUGAUUUUUCUCCCCCCACCCCCCAUCCCAGGAGUUUUAAAACAUACCACCGUGAUUGGUGCCAGAUUGUCUGGCAUCUCCCGUAGAAUCUGCUGUAUUUCUUCUGAACCAAAAAAAUAAGUACCUGGCAUUAAACAUUCUUGGCAUGUCGCUUCUGGGAAUGUUUGCCGGAACGUGGUCCGCUCCCGAACGUUUGGGAGGAUUUUACCUGACUCACUGGGAGACGCAGAGGUUUUGGGUUGGGGAUCCCUUGGGGUCAGUUAUAAUUCAAAAUUAGGAAACUAAUCCCCAGCAAGGCAGCAUUAACAGCUCCUCAGAGCUUUGGGGACUACAAGCAGGCCUGAUUUAGGGAUCGCAUUAUCUUCUUGAAGAAGUGAGAGAAGAUUGUCAUAAUUUAAUAGGUUCCUGUGCAAAUGAAAAUUUGCCACAUUCCUCUUACCAGGCCCCUGCGUGGCGGAUUGCCAAGCGUGGUUCAGUUCUAAGUUCUGGCCUAGGGCCACAUGAGUCACAGGGAAUAAAUCACUUCCCCCAAAAGCCUCAUCCAACAACGAUCGAGUUUCCCCCACUCAUGAGCGGGAACCAGAUCCUUGGGUGAGCUCCUGGAGUGCCUUUGUCCUGCGCAGACUGAUCAGAACGGAUCACGGAACCGUUCAGACAAAACGCUUGCCGCCGAUGUUUUUUCUAUUUUAGGAGAAACUACUAAACAUCGUAAAAUGUAAAAUUCGGGAGAUGCUAGAUUUUUAGUACCAAGGAAACUCCGCAACGGCAGCAGCUGUCGCGGACACUUCUGGUGGGUUUUAAGAAUUUCAGAUUUGGACUUAAUGGCGCUUUACCAAUUAAAUGGCCACAGGAAAAAUAGAUUUUGAGAGUGGGGAAGGAAAGAAGACACAUAAAGUAUGCUGUCAAAGAAAGCGAAGAAGCUGUUCUGGGGAAGUGGCUUUUAUUCAUCCCAAGAACCCUCAGGUUUACCCAUGAAGUGACAGCGUCGGCUGGAGAUGUGAGGUGAUCCACGCAGCCACGAGUCCCACGCUUCCAGAGUGUUCGAGCUGGAGUCAUGUGUCUGAUGUCAACGUGGGCCAAGGGAGAAUGUGGCCCCUUACACUUGGCCCCAGCCAGGUGAAGACUGGUUCAUUCGAGGAAUAGGAAAGGGGAUGGUUGGGACCUGGAAGGUUCUAGAAUGGGGGAAGGGAGGUGGGGUAGGAAGUUGUAUCCCUUGGUCAGCAGAUGACUUCAAGGGCUGGGUAAACUGAGGACAUCCCAGGAGGUUCUGGGCUACCCAUGUCCACCCUUGGAAGUGAUUUUUUUGCACCCCUACUUUUCAAGACUUUCCAAAGGAACCUCAGGAUUAUAGUUUGUGGAAGAGAACCUUGCUUUGCAGCCAUAUUUAGACACACCUGCCUUCUAACAAAACUGCAGACACAUGAACUCCCGAGCAAGUCACAGUCCUUAGGCUGUAGGUUCAAGUUUGUGCGCUGGGGUCCAUAGGACAGGAUCAAGAGGCUGAAGUGAGUGGGGGUGGUCGGCAGUUACCUUUGGGGUCUGAGCACCUGACAGUCGCAUUGAAGGUCACAGCGACUCGGACACAGCCACAUCCCCCCAACCCUGCCGGGGCAGCCCACUGAUUUCAGAAAGAAUCCGACUGGUUCCUGACCACAUUCCUUCUCGGGGAGCACCUGCCGUCAGACGCUUGUGUGUCAGGAAGGAGUGUCAGCCCCUGAGCCACCCCACCCCUACCCCACAUCAGCGUGACCGUGCAGCAUCUCGCGGGGGCCUUGACGUCCUGGAGCUCCCCCUGUCCUAGUCAGAAUAUGCAGUUCAGUAGGCUCAAGCCAGGCGGGGCUUGGAGAAACGUCCUGGUUUGGUGAGGACAUCCGCCCUAUUGUGACACCGCUGCAUCCGUGAAACCUCAAGUCGCCUGGGGUUAAUUUUGAGUGUUAUGAGGACACAUGACCUCAGUCCAUCAAUACAGAUCCAGAUAAAUCCAGAUCCAGCCCACGCACCGCAAGAGCCGCUCCAGGGUACCUGACCUUCGAAGCCCGAAGGCCUCCACGUGUCCUGGGAUGCCCUCGGGUACUGGUUGGGCACCGUUGCCAAAGCAGAGAGCCUGGUUGUGUCCAGCUAGCAUCUCAGGACGCAGGACAGGUGUGCUAGUAAAAUCCCCAUCUCGCCUCUAAGUACUUGCUCAUUGGCGUUUGCCUGAGCCCAUGGGGCAGUGAGGAGACGUGAACAGCUUCCUUUGCAGAGGGAGACAUAUUUGUGCAGCAACAGAAGUGGAUAAACCGGUAGAGUGGACGUUGCCACGCACAGAUGUACUCCAGACCUACAGUAUUUUGCCAAUACAGAUUUGUAAUAAUGAUUUAUGUAAUUGCACACGAUCAGUUUAUAAAAGAGGUUCAUAGAAUAGCAUCACCAAGGGGAGAAUUGAAGCCUUGAGCAUCUUGGAAACCUUCAUUACCUUUGGGGUUUUUCCACAGGAUUUUCUUCAUUAAGGUUGGAAUAUGUGUAUUUUUUUCAUGGGGCAUGCAUGGACCAGAAGACCAUGAGAAGGUAGGUGUCUCCAAAGGGUGGGGCUUCCUUUUUCUCCGUGAAAUGCCGUUUGUACAGGCUGCUGAAGGUUUCCCAUAAAACCAGGGUUUUCGCUUGCUUUUGUCUCCCCAUCGAAGUAAAAUUACAAAGCCUUACAAUUUCGAAGUUAAUGCUUCUGAAUGAAAGUUACGAAAACAUUAAAAGAUGAUCUUUCCGAGGUAAAAAACAAAGCUGGUUAAGGAUCUGUUUCAUCUAUAGUGAAAAUCACCCAAAAUAAACUUCCUUAAUUCCAUUUCCUUGUACAAUUUUGUGUUCUCUGUUGCUAGGGGUAACGACUUGGAAUUGCUUUUUCUCCUUCUCCUUGGAGAUAAUGUGUUAUCUAGGGUGGAAGGUGGUACACAUUCUUAACGGUGAGCUUGGCGGUCCUGUCUGAACUUGGAAUGACCCCGAACGUGUGAGGGGCCGCAUGAGCAAGGGUUGUGUACUUUGGGAAUCAGUGCAUCUGAAAAACAAAGCAAGUGGGAUUGGCCGUGUGCUGAUAAAAGCCGGGUUUUUGUAAUCUAGGGGGAGGUAUUUCCUGCUAUUUCUGUCCAUUCCCAUAGUCAGAUAGACGGCAAGCUUGAAACCCCUAUGUUCAGCGCCUGCACUCUGGGAUUUGUUUUGUUCUUAAGAAGGGUGACUUCGCUGCUGCCUCGCGGAGUGUCUGCUCGGGCUGGGAGCUCGCAUACCUUGUCUUCUGAAGCCGUGCUCCCUCAGCCUCAGGGCUUUGCAGAAUGUAUUUCUGUGUGCAACUUGUAUUUCUGAAAAGGCUUAAGAUAACUUGUUUCCCUUCUGGGCGUCCCCUGUGUUUCGGUGUGCCAUGUGGAGUUACACGGAAGCGUGUGGGCCAGCAGUUGGGGUGAGGGGACGUGCACCCUGCCUCGGAGGUGGCCCCAUGACUAUGGCCCUGCCCUGGGGGUUGUGCGCCUCAAAACUCAAGUUUUCUAUAAGAAUCUUAUUUUUCUACUUGUAUGCACCACGACUUUAAGAUGUAUACCAUUGAAAAGGAAACAAAAGGAGUUUGGUUUGUUUGAAUAAACAAUACUUUCA